AUGGCUCACAAGGUGCCGAGCGAGCAGUCCCCAGACCAGACUCCUGUUGACUUCGACAUCAACAAAUUUCCAUCUAUGAGCGCCAUCUUCUGGGUCAAAACAUUCUUCCUCAAAAGACUCCCACUGGAACUCGUCGAAUUAAUCCUCGACCAUGCCGAAUACUGGCCGCACACCACUACGAUCAAACCUAGACUGGAACUCGUGCGGACCCCAGUCAAAUGGCGUGGCACAUCUUCCGAUAUCGUGUCGAGAACUUGGCCGAGUCGCGAAUCCGAAGCCAUGCAAGAGGUGCUUGGCUUCACGCUAUACUCGCCACCGUUGGCUUCCGAAAGUAGUCUUACUCGUGCUGCUACGUUAAAAAGGGGACUACGUCGGUUUAUGAGUAAAGAUUCGGAGAUCUGUUUGCCACCAAGAGGUCAAAAUCCUGCACGCAUGGUUGUCUUUGAAGUCGGCAGUCAGCGGUACGAUAUUCAACCCGGCAAAUUCUGUGAUGUUGGUAUCGUUAGAGAAGACGAGCUGCUGCUCGGACAGGACGUUCCGAUGGUAGAGGGUCAACGGAGGAAUUCGAGCGUAUUGUCUGCUUUCCGGAGUACGCAAAAGCUGUCGAAACCCUCGAAGCCAGACAAGACACAACACCUGGUCGCCCAAAGAGAAUGUUGGUUCUCAGCGCAAGCGAAGGCGGAGAGUAAGUACGUUAUCAAACUGAGAUAUGACGAAGACGUAGACGAUGAAAUCAGGAAACACGCCGAUGAAGAUACGAUGCCUACCACAGCAGACUUCAUCAGAAAGCUGAAAGUUGGCGAUAGCAUUGGACUAUGGGCACCCGUUUUGAGAGGCAAUUGCGUGUAUAAGAUCGACGAAUUGAAGAUGCAUGCCUUCUGGGCGGUCUAA